GCCAAGAUGUUUCCUUGGGGGGCCGGGGAGGUUUGCCCGGGGGGUGUGCAUGGCUCUGGGCUCAUCCCAACGCUUUCCCUAGAGACGGAGCCAGGGUUGCUCCUGGCGGCUGCUCCAGGUGAGCUCACACCGUGGGCACUCCUGCAGAGCUAGAGCAGCCGGGCAGGUUACCGCUCCGGCUUUGCUAGAAACCUUGGAGCUCCCGACGCCUCAAGCCCUGCUGGUCCGGCUCAAGGAAACCCAGGUGGCCCAACGAUGCCGAACAUAUUUUCCUACCAGAGCGCCGAAGUCGACUGGUGCGAAGGCAACUUUGAGCACUCGGCGAUCAUUGCCGAGUACUAUAACACUAUCAGCAAUGUGGGCUUCUUUGCCCUUUCUCCUGUCCUGCUCUACCUGAACCGGCAGUACCGUCAGCACCGCCCCGUGCCCUUGUACAUCAUCUCUGGCCUCCUCCUCUGUGUAGGUCUCUUCUCCGUGUACUUCCACAUGACCCUGAGCUAUGUGGGACAACUCUUAGACGAGCUCUCCAUCCUCUGGACACUGGCUGUAGCCUAUUCCUUUUGGUUACCAAAAACUUACUUCCCCAGGUGCAUCAAGAGCAGGAAGCAUUUCUUCUGGUUGACCGGUAUCACCACCGUGGUCAGUACCUUGAUGUCCUUUGUCAAACCUUCUGUCAAUGCCUAUGCACUCAACUGCAUCGCCUUCCACCUGCUGUACCUGAUGUGGCGGGAGCUCAAAAAGUGCAACGACAAGAGGGUUCACCGCAUGGCCGCGGUCAUGGUGUUGUGGUGGGUGCUGGCCAUCAGCAGCUGGAUCAGUGACCGGUGGCUCUGUGGGCUCUGGCAGGCCAUCGGCUUCCCCUACCUCCACAGCUUCUGGCAUGUGCUGAUAGCCAUAUCCCUCCUGUACUGCUUCCCACUGGUCAUCUACUUUGACGUCAGGAACGAGAUGCCGUCGUUUAAGCCCAAGCUGGGAUACUGGCCCAGUGACUCAUGGCCUGUCGUGGUGCCAUACAUCGCCCUGGAGGAACCCCUCAAGCAGUGCUAGAGCCGGGUGCCCUCUGGUAUCCUGUGGGUAUCCCUCAGGUAUCCCUUGGGUAUCCCUUGGGUAUCCCUUGGGCACAGGGUGCACGACAUCUGCAGGGGGAAGACCUCAGCUGCGCGCUGCUCCUCGGACAAGGGCAAUGUGGCUAUCGGAUGGGUAGGGAGAAGCCGAGGCCUCGGGACACCGGGCAUGAAGAAGCGUGGGAGCCCACAGGUGCCUUGGAAGACUCUGCCCAGGCUGGUGUCCAGGGAACUGAAUAUCCCCCAGCAGAUCCUCACCAAGAAGGGGCAACGGUGCUUCUUCUGUGUCUUGUGCAUCGGCCAAGCGGCAGCACCCCUUGCUGAAAAGGGCACAGCGGAGAACACAGAAGCCAAACUGGUGACAGCUGGGUUUGUUGGGGGUGCUCUAAUUAUUACUAUUAAUUUUAUUUAUUGAUGUAUGUGGUCUUGCUCAGGAGAGUUGUGCAUUAAAGCUAUGGACACUGA